AUGGAUGUCGAGCACUUCGAUGCAUCGCUUCUGACAUUGAUCGUGUUGACCCUCCAGCGACUCACAGUGUCUCCAGAUCGAUAUCGAACUGAAAAGGGAGACAUAAGCCCGAGUGAUUCACCAACUAACCCACCAGCGGAGGGAUCGUCCAGUCAACCUAAGGUGUUCCAGCUAUCGGAAGAAACCUUAGCAAGACUACUCGAGCUAAGAGCGGGUACAUUGGCCGCCGGUGGCCCCUCCGAAACACACGUUUGCCAGGACCGGAUUGGAACGUCAAGUUCAAGUUUCAACGAAGAGAUAAUGGACAUCAUUCGCCCAGUCAUCAAUGUGGCAAAGGAAGGCGAAAUAAAGGAAAGACUGGAGAACGCCGUAUCGCUGCUCUCAGCUAGAAACGAACUACUAGUGGUCGCUGACGGAGACGUAUCAGUCUUCGCUUUUUAUGAUCAGCAAAAGAAGGCUGAAACAACUAAAGACCCUAUUUUGGUAGAGUUCUUGAAAAAAAAGAGAAAGAGGAAACAAAGAAGAAAUCGACAUGAAAAUCGAACCAUUUCUGGGCUCUCGCACCUCCUCAGUACAUGCCCGAGAGAGCACGAGGUCACCCCAAAAUGGAGUUCCAAGGCACUUCUGACGGAUCUAGAAUGGAACUUCGUCCUACAAGCAGAGGGGCCUCAAGUAAGGACAUGUGCUAUCAGUGCGGACGAUCAGAUUCAAUCUCUACUUGGUUCUAAUGCUAUUUCUGUAUGUACCAAUACCCAGGGUAUCCGCAUAAAUCCCCUCUCAGUUGCAGAAGGUAAGAAACUUCGUCUUAUUCUAGACUUGUCAGAUUUGAACAAGUAUCUCGAAAAGGUCCAUAUAAAGUUCGAAGAUUUGUCAAAGGUUAGAGACGUGUCAUAG